AUGCGACAAGUGCCAACGCAUAGGAAACAUUUCAUGAAAGAAUGCGAUACCAAUGAAUAUUAUAUUAGAAUCGGAACUCUUCGACGUGUAGGCCAAGCCGAGGUGUCUAAAAGGGAAAUCAAGCUGGUCCUAAAGAAGGUGGUGAAUCCUUCACGCAAAGAUUGGUCCAUGAAGCUGGAUGGUGUCUUGUGGGCAUACAAGAUCGCCUAUAAAACACCUAUAGGAAUGUCCCCAUAUGCACUGGUGUUUAGGAAGGCAUGUCACUUACCACUGGAAUUGGAGCACAAAGCACUGUGGCCAGUGAAGAAGCUCAAUUUUGAUUUGAAGACUAUAGGGGAGGAAAGAAAACUUCAGUUACUCGGGCUAGACGAAUGGAGAAUUCAAGCAUAUAAAAAUGCCAAGAUCUACAAGGAAUGA